AUGGAGACGGCGGCGGCGGCGGUGGUGAGCGCGUCCACGGGGGCGCUCAACACCCUCCUCCCCAAGCUUGCCGACCUGCUCCUCGUCGCCGGCGGCGGCGGCGGGCAGCAGCGCAGGCUGCGCAGCAGCAGGCGCGCCGUCAAGGACGGCAUCGAGUACCUCGAGAGGGAGCUGACGAGCAUGCGCGCCGCCCUGGAGAGGCUGUCGGAGGCGCCGCCCGAGCAGCUCGACGGACAGGUCAGGCUCUGGGCGAGGGACGUCAGAGACAUGUCCUACGACGCCGAGGACGCCAUCGACGCCUACGUCGCCCUACGUGAAGCCUCGCGACCACCGACAGCGUCGUGCUCCUGCGUCGGCGGCCUCACCCGUGGCCGCAGCCACCGCCGCGCCAUCGCCGCCGAGAUCGAGCGCAUCAGGAAGGAGGUGGAGGAGGUGAGCCGGCGCCGGGCAAGGUACGAGAUCGACCGCGUGGUCGUCGACGCCGCCGCCACCUCGGCCCAGCAGGUCGACCGCCGGCUGCCGGCGCUCUACGCUAACGCGGCCAGCCUCGUCGGUGUGGACGGUUCAGUGGAGCAGGUGAUCAAACUUCUAGCCAUGGAAGGGGAGGAUGCACCGGCGAGGCGAAAGCUUAAGCUCGUGGCCAUCGUUGGGCCGGGAGGAAUCGGCAAGACGACGCUCGCGAAUCUUGUUUAUCAGAAGCUCCAUGGGCAGUUCGAAUGCCGAGCUUUCGUCUCGGUUUCCCUCAAUCCAAACAUCAAGGCUGUUCUCAGCAGCAUACUUUGCCAAGUGAGCCAUUUGAACCAUGAAAAUUUCAGUUCUUGGAGCGAGAAGGAAGUCAUCGACAAAAUCAGGGAUGUCCUCCAGGAUAACAGGUACUUGAUUGUUGUUGAUGAUAUAUGGGAUAAACCAUCAUGGAAAUAUAUAAGAUGUGUUCUCAUUGACAAUAACCAUGGAAGUAAAAUAAUCACAACUACUCGUAGCAUUGAUGUUGCUGAAUUGUGUUGCAAUUCUGACUAUAUUGAUUGUAACACAUAUGAACUACAACCUCUUUCUAUUGUUGACUCGCAAAAAUUAUUAUAUCGAAAAGUAUUUCAUGAUGAAGAAUGCCCUCCUCAGCUUAAGGACAUAUCAAAGAAAAUUCUGAAUCGAUGUGGUGGCGUACCAUUAGCUAUAGUUACUAUAGCUAGUUUAUUUGCAAAUAGGCAGACACAAAGAGAGGACCACUGGAAUACCAUAUGCAAUUCUUUUCAUACAGGACUUGAAAGUAGUACUGAUGUGAAGGACAUGCGUUGGGUAAUAUCUCUUAGUUAUUAUAAUCUGCCUUCUACUCUGAAGACUUGUUUUUUGUAUCUAAGUAUAUUUCCUGAGGAUUAUAGCAUUGAGAGAGAUGACGUGAUAUGGAGAUGGAUAGCUGAAGGUUUCAUCCAACCUAAACAAUAUAGAAGGCCAUAUGAACAAGGAGAGAGGUACUUUGAUGAACUCAUUAAUAGAAAUUUGAUCCAACCAAUAUUUAUUGAUGAGCAUGGUAAGGCACAAGCUUGUCGUGUGCAUGAUAUCAUACUGGAAUUUAUCAUCUCCUUAUCAAAAGAAGAAAAUUUUGUUACAAUUUUAAAUGGUCAAUAUCCGUUGUCUUAUCUACCAAAAAAGAUCUAUCGGUUAUCCCUACAAAAUAGCAAGGAUGAUAUUACAAUACCUCGUGCAAUCGAUGGUUUUUACAAUGUGAGGUCACUUACUGCAAUAUCUUGGCAAAGUAUUGAUUUGAAGAUGCCAAUUUCCAGUUUUCAAGUUUUACGUGUCUUGGAUUUAGGAGAUUGCAAUAGCCAUAAUGUUGCCGAUGAUAUAGUUAAUUUGAUUCAUCUAAGGUAUCUAAGACUGUGUGGUGUACAUUGUAAUAAGCUUCCAAAAGAAAUUGGGAACCUAAGAUUUUUGCAAACAUUGGAUAUAAAGCAAACCAGAAUAAAAGAACUACCAGAAACAGUUGUCCAUCUUACAGAGCUUAUGUGUCUUCUUAUUGACACAAAGACAAGGCUACCAAAUGGGAUUGGGAAUAUGCAAUGUCUAGAUCAUCUGUCAGAGAUUGAUAUCAGCAUGUAUCCAAGUCUUAUGAAAGAACUGAGCAAUCUACACAAACUAAGGGUUCUAGAACUUUCACCAAGUACAUGGGAGAAGAGCAAAGAGACAACAUUUCUUGAUUGUUUAGGGUAUAUGAAGAAACUUGAGACUCUCAGUAUUUUUGCUCCAGGUGUAUCCCUGGAUUUCAUGUUCAAUGUAGAUUGGGCUCUUCAUGAACUCCAAAAAUUUACAGUUUCCGUUCACCGAAAAAGCAAAGAUAUAUUUAACCUUGGCCCUUCUUCAGUGUGGGAAAAGUUUAGCCCACUCUCUCACCUACCGAGGUGGAUCAAUUUAUCACUCAAGAAACUCUCAUACCUAUCGAUCAUUGUCAAGACACUGCGGCAAGAAGAUCUUAAAGUUCUUGGGGACUUGCCUUCCCUUUAUUCUCUAGAUUUGCAUGUGAUAGAUUCUCUAGAGGAAAGAUUGGUGAUAAUUGGUCAUAGUGGAGCUAAUGAUCAGGCAAUUGCAUUCAAAUAUCUAGCAAAAUUCAAGUUUACAAGUCCUGCUAUGGUUCUAGUUUUCAAACAUGGAGCCAUGCAGAGGCUUCAGUUGCUUUCCUUUCUAUUUCAACUGAAGGCUACAAAAGCUUUUCAUGGUGAUUUUGAUAUGGGCUUGAAGAAUCUCACCUCCCUUAAGGCUGUAAACUUUAUGAUUGAUUGUCGUUAUGCUAGGCUUUGGGAGGUGCAGGCUACAGAGGUUGCACUAAGGAAUGAAAUCAACUUGAAUCUCAACUGCCCAACAUUUGACUUGAGCAAACAUUUUGAAAGAUUGAUGUAUUGGGAUGGAAUGGAAGAGAUCCCAGAUCUAAAACUAUUCAAAGAAGAAAAUGUUGGGAUUGUCAAGAUUGGACCUUGGGGUGGAAAUAGAGGGAGGUGUUAUGACAUUGAGGUGGCACCUCACCAUCUAGAAAGCAUUAGAAUUUAUAGUGACAUGGCAAUACAUUCAUUUGAAUUUUCAUAUAAUGACCGUAAUGGAAAGAAACACGUAGCAGGUCCAUGGGGUGGAUAUGGUGGUAGUAGCGUUAAUGCGAUUCAACUUGAACCUUCAGAAAUUCUUGUGGAGGUUUCUGGAACAUUUGGCCGAUUUAUUGGAUUCCAAAAUAUCAUAACAUCUCUUACAUUUGUGACUAAUACUCGUAGCUAUGGACCUUAUGGACAAAGAAAAGGAACUCCAUUUGACAUACCAGUGCAGGGCAGUGGUUGCAUUGUUGGAUUCUUUGGACGUGCAGGGUGGUGUGUUGAUGCAAUUGGUAUCUAUGUGAACCCUGAUCUCCAAACAUAUAAAGACGAGGGAAAAGUUGUGCUUGCCAAGAUUGGGCCAUGUGGUGGGAAUACAGGGAAUGCUCAUGACAUCAAGGUGCCACCCUAUCAUUUGGAAAAUUUGACAAUUUGCAGUGACAUUGUGAUACACUCUCUCACAUUUUCUUACAAUGACCAUGACGGAGAACAUCACACGGUAUGUCUGAAGGGCAGCCUUGUUGGGACUUGUCAGAAGAUUCAGUUUGGCUCUUCAGAGUUCAUUACUAGAGUUUCUGGAACAAUUGGAUCAUAUAAUACACCAUCUGAUGUUGUAACAUCUAUUACGUUGGUUACUAAUGUUGGCUGCUAUGGACCUUUUGGUCAAGAAAAUGGGAUCCCUUUCAACUUUCCAGUCCAGGGCAAUGGAAGAAUUGUUGGCUUCUUUGGACAUGCAGAUCUUUAUGUCGAUGCAAUAGGUGUCUAUGUGAACCCUUGUGUGGGAACAAUCAAAGAAGAAGAAGAAGAAAACGAUGGGAUUACCAAGAUUGGACCAUUUGGCCGACGCGGAGGGAACCCUUUUGACAUCAAGGUCACACCACACCAGUUGGAAAGCAUAACCAUUUGCAGUGAAUUUGUAGUCAAUUCACUUGAAUUUUCAUACAAAAGCCAAGACAGACAACAGCACAUUGUAGGUCCAUGGGGCAGUGGUGGUGGGAACAAGUAUACAAUCCAGCUUGGUCCAUUAGAAUUUCUUGUGAAAGUUUUGGGAACAUUUGGUCCAUUUGGUGAAUUCCCCAAUGUCAUAACCUCUCUUACCUUUGUCACCAAUACUGAUCAUCACUAUGGACCUUUUGGACAAGGAGGAGGUACUCCUUUCUACGGUCCAAUGUCGGGCCAUGGCAGCAUUGUUGGCUUUUUCGGCCGCAAAGGGCCAUGUAUUGAAGCAAUUGGUUUCUACUUACGCACAUCAUGA